AUGCUGCCGUGGAAGAAGCACAAGUUCGAGCUGCUGGCCGAGGCGCCGCCACGGCAGGCGUCCAAGCCCAAGGGCUACGCGGUGAGCCUGCACUACUCGGCGCUCAGCUCGCUGGCGCGGGCGUGCCCCGAAGGCGCGCUCAGCCGGGUGGGCAGCAUGUUCCGCUCCAAGCGCAAGAAGCUGCACAUCACCAGCGAGGACCCCACUUACACCGUGCUCUACUUGGGCAAUGCCACCACCAUCCAGGCGCGCGGCGACGGCUGCACUGACCUAGCGGUGGGCAAGAUCUGGAGCAAGAGCGAGGCGGGUCGUCAGGGCACCAAGAUGAAGCUGACUGUGAGUGCGCAGGGUAUCCGCAUGGUGCACGCCGAGGAGCGCGCGCUGCGCCGCCCGGGCCACCUCUACCUGCUGCACCGCGUUACCUAUUGCGUGGCAGACGCUCGGCUGCCCAAGGUCUUCGCCUGGGUAUACCGGCACGAGCUCAAGCACAAGGCGGUAAUGCUGCGCUGCCACGCGGUGCUGGUGUCCAAGCCCGAGAAGGCUCAGGCCAUGGCCCUGCUGCUGUACCAGACGUCGGCCAACGCACUGGCGGAAUUUAAACGGCUCAAGCGGAGGGACGAUGCGCGUCACCAGCAGCAGGAGCUGGUGGGCGCGCACACCAUCCCGCUAGUGCCGCUGCGCAAGCUGCUCCUGCACGGACCCUGCUGCUACAAGCCGCCGGUGGAACGCAGCCGCAGCGCGCCCAAGCUGGGCUCCAUCACCGAGGACUUGCUCGGCGAACAGCAGGAGCAGGAGCUGCAGGAGGAAGAGGAAGAGGAGCACACGGAGGGCUGCCUGGAGGAAGAGGAGGAGGAGGAGGAGGAGGAGGACCGUGCUGAGGACCGACACCCGGCAGUGGAAGAGGCCAAGGCGCAGCGGGCGCUGGUGGUGGCCAUGCACUUGGAAUGCGGGGACUUGCUGGACACGCUGGAGAGUGGCCGCGAGGAGGCGCUAGGGGGCGGCGGGGUCUCCCUGGGCCCUGGGGCUGGGCCGUCGCCUCUGCUGAUGGGCAGCGCCCCCGACAUGAAGGCCGAGCUGUCCCAGCUUAUUAACGACCUGGGAGAGCUCAGCUUCGGCAACGACGUGCGCAGCCUGCAGGCCGACUUGCGGGUGACGCGCCUGCUGUCCGGAGAGAGCACCGGCAGCGAGAGCUCCAUCGAAGGCGGGGGCCCGGACGCCACCUCUGCCACCGCCGGGGACCGGUCGGGCCCUGCCGACGGUGCCAACCCAGAGGAGCCCCACUCGGGUUGA